CAUGCCUAAUCGAAGUAUGGUGCGGAUCUUUUUACUGCUGUGUCUUCUGCCGGGAUAUUUGGAAAGUGCUCGUAUCCUGGCCUUGUUUCCUGUACCCAGUCCUUCGCACUACUUUUUUGCCUUACCUUAUCUGAAAAGGUUGGCCUCUAUGGGCCAUGAAAUAACCACCGUCAAUCCCUUUCCUCUGAAGGAGCCAAUCAGUAAUAUACACGACAUUCCUAUUCCGGAGGUGUUUGAAAAUAUUGAAGAGGUCAUAAGAUCCGCAAGCUCCCCCAAGAGCACCUGGAGACGCAAUGAUUUUAUAAACGAACUCACCCUGAACCUCACAAAAAUAGUGCUAAAUAACGAGGAAGUGCGUCGCGAGGUUCUGGGCCCAAAGAGGUCCCAUUUCGAUCUUGUGAUAGUAGAUCUUUGGAGGAUGGACGUGAUCAGCGGUCUGGCGGCCCACUUAGGGGCCCCGAUUAUUGGACUGGCUUCCUAUGGCGCAGACUGGAAGAUUGACGAGCUAGUGGGCAAUGUCUCACCGAUUUCCUACCUCCAAUCUCCUUCUCCUGAGCUUCACGAUUUGGAGACAUUUGGGGGACGAUUAGCGCAUUUUGUGGAACGAACCAUUUCCUGGAUCAACUACAAAUGGUGGCAUGCGGAAGAGCAGAGGGCUCUCUAUAGGAAGUACUUCCCUAUUACAGCUAAGGAUAAGCCCCUAUCUAUGGUCUCCCAAGACUUUGCCCUGAUCCUGGUUAACCAGCACUUCACACUGGGUCCUCCGCGCCCCUAUGUUCCGAAUAUGAUCGAGGUGGGUGGACUGCAUGUCGAUCAGAAUACCAGGGCGUUGCCUGCGGAGCUGGAGGACUUUAUCCAGGGUGCUGGUGAGCCUGGAGUGAUCUAUUUUUCCCUCGGAACCAAUGUCAAAAGUAAAACUCUUUCCGAGGACCGUCGAAGAGUGCUGCUCAAAACUUUUGCUGGCCUACCACAGCGAAUCCUGUGGAAGUUCGAGGAUGAUCAAUUGCCAGGAAAACCUUCCAAUGUUUUCAUCAGCAAAUGGUUCCCCCAGCAGGACAUUCUGGCCCACCCCAAGGUUAAACUCUUUAUAACCCACGGAGGAAUGCUGAGCACUGUGGAGAGCAUCUAUCAUGGAAAACCCAUGCUGGGUCUGCCUUGCUUCUUAGACCAGUUCCUCAACAUGCAGCAUGUCAAGCGAAUGGGUCUGGGUUUGGUUCUUAACCUGAAGGAAAUGACGAGGGACGACUUCAAUUCGACCAUUACGCGACUGCUAACGGAUAAGAGCUUCCAGGAAGCGGCUCAGGCUGCGGCAGCCAGGCAUCGGGAUCAGCCCAUGCAGCCCAUGGAAAGGGCCAUCUGGUGGACCCACUACGUCCUUCGGCACAAGGGAGCUGCCCACAUGCGAGUGGCCGGCAGGCACUUGGACUUCAUAACACACCACAGCCUGGAUGUCCUGGGCACGUUUAUGGUUGCCUUCUUAGUUGUCCUAGGAGUUUUCGCCUUUUGUGUGGUAAAAGCCUGUGCAAAAUUUCAUUGUACUGCAAGCAAACAAAGUAAGCAAAAGAAAAAGGUUCAAUAAAAUUUUUAAUUCUCUUACGUAAAUAUUCUGCACCCAUAAACGUUAAUUUUACAUCUUAAAUAAAAACCUUUAGAUAUAGAUAUUCUAUUGGU